UAAAGGGCUUAAUUGUGUGUGCCCUCCUUUAUACAUUUCUGUCUCUGCAUCUAGCCAAAAGUUCUUCCCAAAGCGAUGUCUUUAAUAUUGAUGAGGGAGAACAGCCUGCCCUGGAAUCAUGUUUCCCAGGUCUAAUACUGUGGAGGCAUUAAAGUCUUUCUCUCCCGAUAACCCACUUCCUUCUGAAAGUAUUACAAAUCAGAUUUAAAGUAACGACACUUUUCCAUCACCUACGCUGUCAGAAAGGCUCUGAGCAUUGCUAACUGAUCUUUCCUGCUUCGGCUCUGGAUUUUACCCUUGAUCCCCUCUUUGUUCAGCAUUUCCACAGGGACAAUUAGACACUGGAAGCGGGGUGGAUAAGGCCUCUGAUAACGGGAGCUGUGGUGAGGGUUCUGGAACAGAGGCGGGAGCACUGAUGGGGAGCCGGGUGCUGACGCGUCGGGGUGUGCGACUGAAAUAGGCUGGCGGUCCUCGCUGCUCAGUGGUACCGGACCUGGUGCGGUUCCACUGGUUGAACAGGGCAGGUGCAGCCAGAAGGGAGCUGAGUUCAUCUUUAAAUUCCUGAAAUGUUCCACAGAUUAAUUUCUCUUCUCAGCCUGGCUUUUUGUUUACGUGAAGGAAGCAGAUUGUGAAAUACAGCUGACACACACAAUGGGCUUCUCCAUUUUUUCAUCUGAUGGGUUACGUGGGACAGAUUUGGAUGAAAACAGGCUUUUGCUAGGUGAAAACCUUCUUGCCCCUUUAGUCUCAGACUCUGAGCCUCUCACAGGUUCGCUGGUCUCCUCCGUAUUUUAGGUUGUUAUUUCUGAAUUCUCUGUAUCUUAAAAGUACACACUGGAGUUUUUCACAGAAGUGUGUUUGGAGUUGAGUAUUCAGUGUUGCAAUGGAGGUGUGGGGGUUUUUGGUGUUUUGGAUAGUUCAGCGGUGACCUAGAGCCGCUGCUGUGUUGGGCAGGCAGUUUGAAAUUUUAUUCUUGAGCCAAGGUGAGAUGAACCCACCACAUGCAUACCUGCGUCCUGUUAAGCUGUCAGUGAGAGAGCUAAUUGUUGCCAAAGCAGAGAGGCACAAGCAACAAAAGUUCCUGUUUCCGGACUGAAGCAGCUGCAGUGAGGUCUUGGUUGGAGAAGCCGUUGCUUUUGCUGUCAGCUAGAUGACAGCAUCGACCUGGCCUGGCGUGUGCCCAGAAUGCUCUGUUCAUCAUUGGAAAGCCAACACGCUGUUCUUAUUUCUGAGUUGCAACAUCUUCUGUCUAAAAUGCAGCUUCUCACUCAGUGAUGUGUGAAGCAAGACUUGGAGUGGAAGCUGUUUUAUUAGGCCAACUGUAACGGCUGUGGUGGAGAAGACAGUCAUGCUUUUGGGGACAGAAGUGGGCCGCUGCUAAGCAAUAACCAUUUUUGCUGUCCAGUUUGAGAGGUGCCAUAACAGUGCUGCCAAGGAAGCAUGUGGGACCUGCAGAGCAAAAGGCAGGAGCUGCAGAAUUGCAGCUUUAUCUCGAGACACUUGCAGCUUGUAGAUGCUCGAUGCUCGCUAAUUGAGGGUGGGGCAGGGAGAGCUGCUCUCUUGGUUAAUGUACACACACGGUACCUAAAACUGCAUGCACGAAACCAGCUUGUAGAUACUCACACAGUGGAGCUUCAUGUGAGGUCUUCUGGCCCUUCCCCGUGCAGAGAUGAACUUGGCUUAAAGUUUCCCUUACAUACUCGCAGCCCUCGGUUGUUGCUAGAGACGCAGGAGCUUGACUGUGCUGUGGAGACCAAAUUUUCCUUCUGGCUCUUACUAAUGAUCUGUUGAGCUGGUGUGCAUGUGUACAGUGAAGGCUUGGUGUUUAGGGGACUCCAGUCCCCCUCCUGGGGUGAUGACAAGAGCACCGCUGCUGGUUUCAGUUCUCAUUUGUUUGAGAACUAAUGAGAGGCCUUCCUGGGGGAGGAGAAACGACCUUAGAAAAACACGUGCAUAGGGUGGUAGAGGUGGCUUAGAUGAGCCAUGACAGGAUGCCUUAUCACAGGAGAUACAGGCGGGACAGCGAUGCCUACAGAUUUGAAGACCGAAGCCCAUCUUUUGGAGAGGACUAUUACUCGACCCGCUCACGAAACUGGCGGCGAUCCAGAGGCAGAGAGCAGCACCGUCUGAGGAAGCAUCAGCAUCACUGCCGGAAACGCAGGACCAGGUCUUGUAGCAGUGCCUCCUCGAGAAGCCAACAGAGCAGUAAGCGCAGCAGGAGCGUGGAAGAUGACAAGGAAGGCCACCUGGUGUGCAGGAUCGGCGAUUGGCUUCAAGAGCGAUAUGAAAUUGUCGGCAGCCUUGGUGAAGGCACUUUUGGCAAAGUGGUGGAGUGUGUGGACCAUGCCAGAGGCAAAUCUCAGGUGGCACUGAAAAUCAUAAAAAAUGUUGGAAAGUACCGAGAAGCAGCCAGGCUGGAAAUUAAUGUCCUGAAAAAAAUCAAAGAGAAGGACAAGGAGAACAAAUUCUUGUGUGUCCUGAUGUCAGACUGGUUCAACUUCCAUGGCCACAUGUGCAUUGCCUUUGAGCUUCUGGGCAAGAACACUUUCGAGUUCCUGAAGGAGAAUAACUUCCAGCCAUACCCUCUCCCUCAGAUCCGGCACAUGGCCUACCAGCUCUGCCAUGCCUUGAGAUUUUUACAUGACAACCAGCUGACUCACACUGACCUCAAGCCAGAAAACAUCUUGUUUGUCAACUCGGAUUUUGACACUCUGUACAAUGAGAAAAAGAGCUGUGAGGAGAAAUCCAUUCGGAACACAAGCAUUCGUGUGGCAGACUUUGGAAGCGCCACCUUCGAUCACGAGCACCACACCACUAUCGUGGCUACCCGGCACUACCGUCCACCAGAAGUGAUUCUGGAGCUGGGCUGGGCACAGCCAUGUGAUGUCUGGAGUACCGGCUGCAUUCUGUUUGAGUAUUACCGUGGCUUCACGCUCUUCCAGACCCAUGAGAAUCGUGAGCAUCUUGUCAUGAUGGAAAAAAUCCUCGGGCCAAUUCCAUCUCACAUGAUCCACAAAACUCGGAAGCAAAAAUAUUUCCACAACGGGAACCUGGUAUGGGAUGAGAACACGUCUGAUGGGAGAUACGUCCAAGAGAACUGCAAGCCCCUGCGGACGUACAUGCUGCACGACUCGCUGGAGCACGCACAGCUCUUUGACUUGAUGAGGAGGAUGUUAGAAUUCGACCCUUCCCGGAGGAUCACGUUCUCAGAAGCCCUCCUGCAUCCCUUCUUCACUGGCCUCUCUGCAGAGGAAAGGAUGCUGUGCGGUCGAGGUGCCAGCCGGGACCUGAGCAGAUGACAGCUGGGAAGGGUGUGAUGCCUGCUGGAUUUGUACAUACGGGAUCGGUCUAGCCUCUGCAGUUCAGCUCCCCUUGCUCUCUUCUCCCAGAGUUCAGAGGGGCUGGGGCACUGUGACAAGGACCCUGGGUAGGGGAAGGGAAGAACAGCUACAUUGGAAAGCACAGAUUUGUCUAUUUAUAUGUUGUAAAGUUAAAAUAAAGUGUUUCUUAUUGUUUGAUACUUCCCUUGUAGGCAGGUGUAGGGUUCUCUU